AUGAGUGAACAAGAAAAAAUCAUCCAAGCGCAGGAAGACUUCUUGCGUGUUGUUACUGAUAUGUAUAAUCAAAUAAAAAACACAUUUGAAUUCAAAACAGGCGUCUCUGAUGCUUACAAUUCUCAUAUUACAGCAUUUAAUUCAAAAGUUCACAGUUUGAUGCAGAUUUUAUUGGAAACAGGGAAUGAGCUUGCAACGCAAAAUGCCAUAAAUGAAGCGAUGCUGAAAAAUGCCACAUCUACACUUGAUUCUUACAAACAUUCCUUCGAAAUAACGUCAGCUGGUUGUAAAAACUUGUCCAGUAACUUUAGAAAAUUAUAUCAAGUGACAUCUGAUAUUUGCAACAAAUACUAUGAAGCUUUGGUCGAAAUUUCCGAAUGUCAAGCUCUCAAGUUGGAAAAUGCAAAGCUUAGAGAGAACGAAGUUAAGCUUCGUCAAUUCAUUGCUAAUGUGCAACAAAAUUACCGAAUAAUGGCCAGUAAAGCCUCUUAUGUUAAAGAUUUUGCUGAUUUUAAAGCAUACAUUAAAGAAAACAUCAGUGAUCACUCGAAACAAGCAGAAGAAUACGAUAAACUUGUUGAAGAGAACAAAAAACUUAAAGAAGAUCUCGAAUUGAAAGAUGGAAGAAUGAAAUUACUUACUUCAAAAAUUCAGAGCAUAAAAGAACAAUUAGAUUCAUCUAAUUCCCAAAAAGAGAAGCUAGAAGCCGAGCUCAAAGCCAAAGAAGAAGAAAAUACCAAAUUAAUUGAAGAAAAGGAAAAAUUCAAGGACGCCGCGAAAUAUCAUUACAACAAGAACAGAGAACUCAAAGAAGAGAAAGAAAAACUCUCUGAAAAGUACAAACAACAAAUCAGAGACAUUUUGAUGGGAAAGGAUCCAACUCCUCAAGAAGAAGACAAUCAUCCUGCUCCUGAAGUUGAUGAACCAUCAAUGGUUGAAACAAGGGCUGAUAAUACUCAAGAAAAGCAACAAAAUGAAACAGAAGAAAAACAAAAUAAUGAACAAGAACAAGAACAAAAAGUUGAAGAAAAAGAAGAAGAAAAACAUGAAGAAGAAGAAAAGAAUGAAGAAAAAGAAAAGAAUGAACAAAAAGAGGAAGAAAAGAAUGAAGAAAAAGAGGAAAAACAUAAUGAAGAAGAAGAAAAAACAAAAGAAGAAAAUCUUGACGAAGAAAAAGUAGAAAAUAAUCAAGAAAAUGAAGAAAAUAACCAAGAAAAUCAACCUGCUCCUCAAGAAUAA